AUGAUGGGGACUAUUGAUGAAUAUCAUUAUCUGGAUGAGAACAGCUCGGAUUCGGAUUCGGAUCAUGAUUCAGCAGUGAUGGAAGAUGCACAUUCGGAAUUAAUUUCGUCAUCCAUAACAACCAAUGGAUCAUUAUCGUUGAGUGAUGAUGAAAACUUUUUAGUCGUUACGAAAACAAAAAUCGAUCGAAUUGAGAAGUAUCUCGUUAAAAACAACAUUGAAAAACUACAAAAGUACGCCAAAAUGAAUGGACUGAUAUCAGAAUCAUAUCGGCAACAGAUUUGGCCUUUAUUAAUCCAUUUUCCAACAUAUUGUCCAGUAGAAUUUGAUCAAGUAAAUAGAAAAUAUUCGUGUCCGAUUGAUUAUUAUGCCGCAGAUAAAAAUCAAAUUGAAUCACAUAGAUACUAUGGUCAAGUCCGAAUGGAUGUUGAAAGAACGCUCAAACGAUUUCCGCCAAAUUAUUCCGAAUCGGAUCGAAUUGAAUUGCAAGAAGAGUUGAUUGUUAUUAUUGUUAAAAUGUUAAUUAAACAUGACUAUCUAAACUAUUAUCAGGGUUAUCAUGAUAUCUGUUUGAGUUUUUUACUUGUGCUGGGUGCAGAUCUAUGUCUUCCAUUUAUUGAUACAAUAACAAAGUCGCAUUUCAAAGAUUUUAUGGAGCCAACGAUGAAGAAAACUUGUGAUUUACUUUCUUAUCUAAUGCCACUUAUCAACUGUAUCAAUAGUGAAUGUGCGGAAUAUAUGCAAAGAGGCGGUGUUGGAAAUGUCAUGUUUGCAUUAUCAUGGUUCAUCACAUGGUAUUCACAUGUGUUAGAUAAUCUUGAUACAAUCCUUCGACUAUACGAUCUCUUCAUUGUUUCACAUUUUCUCAUGCCAAUUUAUGUUGCUGCUGAAGUCGUUAAUUUUCAUUCGAAACAAGUUUUAUCCAUUGAUUGUGAUAUGGCAUCAUUACAUCCAUACUUAACACGUUUACCCAGUGAUUUAGCGGUCAGUCAUUGGGAAGAGAUUAUCAAACGAUCUCUGCAGUUAUUUCGAAACCAUCAUCCAGAUACGCUCGAUGUACUAAAUGACGAAUGGAGAAGAAAAUGUGAAUCAAUCGACAAUCCUUCAAUGGAGACUAUUCUUCGCAGACGAUACGGCACAGAUUCUUCUCCAACUGAUAAUGAUGAAGGGAAAACCUCGGACACAAUCGAUCAUAACGAACAGCCUACUCCUCUACCACGUAUAGUUCUUUGGGGCGUGACGUUAACUAUAAGUGGCUUAGCUAUCUACAUAUGGAAUCAUACUCAACGAACAGAUCCGACGACAUUCAUCAGUCUUGGCGAUUUUCUUGCCCAAUUUCGCAUUGUUACUCGUGAACUUUAUUUUGUCGCUUUCUGUGUACAUAAUUCUACAGCGAAGCAAGAUGAAAACAGACUGUCAAAUUAA